AUGGCGAUCUUCACCUUCGACGACGAUGAUGCGCAAGCUGAAAGGAGAGAUGCGCAGCAGGCCUCGGAGCCCGCGAUGACCGUCGACGACGUUUUCACGUCCAACAAAAUGGACAUGGACAUGGGCUUGCCAAAUGUGCCCCUCCAGGUGGGUACCCCGCCUAUCGCUAUCGCGUCUCCACUGCCCAAGCGCGCAAUUCAGCCCAAUAUAGAAGCGAAGCAGCAAGGUCCGGACAAGCUGGACCUACACGCAGUCAUGAAGAAGGCACAAAAGAACAAGAAGAAAAAGAAAAAGACUACGAAUGGCGGCGCUCCUGCUGCCAACAUUGCUCGAGGUUUCCACACCCCAGUCACUUCUGGCGGAGAAGAAUCGGAUUUCUCUGCUGCUGCUACACCGCGGUUUGGGCCAAGCAUCUCUGGUUUGCCUAGUAUAACCAGCAGCCCUGCGCUUAGGCCAAUCUCGUCGAUGGGAGGCAUCAGCAGUCUCAAGGCUCAACUUGAAGCUCUGAGCAUUGGCGCCCACUCAGAUUCGCCCUCGAAGUGCCCACCUGCACAACAGGUCGUUUCAGGCAUGUCAAGCAACACCAGUAUGUCUGGACUUGAUAGCACGAGCGACAGCGACCGCACAGAGAUGGAAAGUUACGAAGUCAAUCUGGAUGAAGACUUUAGCGUCGAUACCCUUUCGAAAACUUCCACCAUGCUUGGCAACAACAUCAUGCGCAAGAUGAGCGCCGACGACUUCGAGCCUCUGAUGUGUCUUGGCAAGGGCAGCUAUGGCACCGUACUUCUAGUGCGACAACUCAGCACAGGUCGUUUGUUUGCUCAGAAAACCUUCAAGAAGGCAUCUAUCACAGUUCACAAGAAGUUGAUUGAGCAGACCAAGACAGAGCGCAACAUCUUGGAGAGCGUCAAUAGGCACCCAUUCAUCGUCAACUUCUACUACGCCUUCCAGGACCACGAGAAGCUCUACCUUAUUCUCGAAUACGCGCAGGGUGGUGAGCUUUUUCACCAUUUGGCCGCCGAACGCAUGUUCAGUGAGGACGUAGCAGCUUUUUACAUGGCCGAGAUGGUACUUGCUCUCGACCAUCUUCACCGUACGGUUGGCGUUAUUUACCGCGAUCUGAAGCCGGAGAAUUGCCUUCUUGACCAUGAAGGACAUUUGCUUCUCACUGAUUUCGGUUUAAGCAAGGUCACCCUUGAUGAUGAGAGCCCUUGCCGCUCCAUUCUUGGCACCCCUGAGUACAUGGCCCCUGAGGUCAUCGAAGGCAAGGAGUAUGGCGCAGCUGUGGACUGGUGGUCUCUUGGCGCCCUUGGUUUCGAUUUGCUCACCGGCGCGCCUCCCUUCACCGGCAACAACAACGCCAAGAUUCAAGAGAAGAUCACCAAGCAGAAGCUCGCUCUGCCGUAUUUCCUCAGCGCCGAUGCAAAGGACCUGCUUACUCGUCUACUGCGCAAGGACCCCAAGAAGCGCCUCGGAUAUAACAUGGCCAAGGACAUGCAAACUAUCAAGAGCCACCGCUUCUUCCGCAAGAUUAAUUGGAAGCAGCUCGAGGCACGUGAGCUGGAGCCGCCCAUUCAGCCUUUAAUCACGGACCCUGAGCUAGCUGAAAAUUUUGCGCAGGACUUCAGGGACUUGCCGCUCAGCCCGGUACUGACGAGGAACUUUUUGAGCGAGGCGCAGAGCAACCCCUUUGGUGGUUUUAGCUUCGUAGCCAGCCAGAGCCUGUUGGAUGGCGGGGAUUGGGGCUACUGA